AUGGCUUCAUCAAAUAUUCCAUCUCUUGAAGAACUCAGUGCAAUAGGUGCUAGAGCUUUGCUUCACCAAUUCAUUCUCAAUCCAUCAGAAAAUCAACGUGAAGUUACGGUAUUAGUUAAUUCAAGAAAUGGAUCAGUAACAUUUAUUGAAGGUUCUUUUAAUCUAGACAAUUUUCUAUCAAAAGAUGAUCCAUUACCUGCAUCAGAAGAAUCAAUAGAUUCUAUGCCAGCAGUGAAAAUUGUAGAAGAAGGAGUUGAGUGUGCUAUUUGUUUGUUAGAAUUUGAAGUUGGUGGAGAAGCUAAGGAGAUGCCAUGUAAACAUAAGUAUCACGUGGAUUGUGUUGACAAGUGGUUAAAGAUUAAUGGGUCGUGUCCAAUUUGUAGGUAUAAAAUGCCUGUCGAUGAAGAGAAUAAGGUUAUUGAAGUUAAUGAUGAAAACGUAGAUGACAGUAGUAGGGAAAGGAGAAGCGAUGCACCUAUAGUGUUUCAUGUGUUUUUUGGACGUGAUCGGAAUGUGUAUUCAGAUUUUAAUUCGAACUUGAUUGGUCAAAGGGAGUCUGAGGAGACGUCAAUUGAUCAUAGAAAUGUGUACUUAAAUUCUGAUUGGAACUCGAGAGCCCAAAAUAUGGACAUGUCAAACUCAGAUGGACAAAGGGAGUCUGAGGAGAUGUCGACCGAUACUAAUGUGUAUUCAGAUUCAGACUCUAAUUCGAACUCGAUAGUCCAAAAUAUAGACAUAUCAACAGCUGCUAGAGAUGGUGAUGAAUCAUCAGGUCAAGAUAUGGACAUGAACAGGGACUAG